AUGUAUGAGGCCAUUGAUAUUUUCGGGAAAAAUUUGGUGACGACUGAGGGAAAUGACUGGGUCCGUCACCGCAAGGCAACAGCCGCCACGUUCUCGGAGACGAAUAUUCGGAUUGUAUGGACGGAAACACUCCACCAGGCGCAGCAAGUAGCCCGAAGUUGGAUUGGGACGGGCCAUGCGCCCGAGACGGUAGUAAACGCCUGGGAAGACAUGAAAACCCUGAGUCUACACGUGAUAAGCCGUGCUGGAUUUGGAAGAAAAAUGGUGUGGCCGGGAGAAACCCCUUCCCUCAGUGGCUCGAGUGUGGAUGCCGGCAUAAAUGGCGACGCGAUCCCUGAAGCCCACACGUUGAGUUUCAAGGCUGCUUUGAGCACAGUCUUAGAAAACUUAUUCAUGGUGGCUGUAUUACCCAGCGUGGUCUUGGCAAAUAUCCCCAGCAAAACAGCCAAUCUAGCUUAUCAAGCAUAUAAAGAGUGGUCUGCGUAUAUGGCCGACAUGUAUCAGGAGAAACUUGCAGGAAUAGAGGCUGAACAUACUUCAGAAGACAACAACACUGGGGAAGUAGAAUCAAUGGACCUCUUAGGCGCUCUCAUUAGAAACAGUGCCUCAGGGGGCAAAGACGAUCAGAAAGCCCUUAGCAAACGCGAAGUACUUGGUAAUGCGUUCAUAUUCAUGUUUGGUGGGCACGAAACCACAGCGAGCACCAUGUACUUUGCCCAGAUUUUUCUUGCACUGCAUCCAGCCAGCCAGCGUGAGCUGCAGGCCGACCUUGAUGCGCAGUUCCCUGCAGACUAUCCCGUUGCCAGUUGGGACUACGACAGAGAGUGUGCUCGUCUCCUGGCAACGAUGCCAGGCGCCGUACUCAACGAGACACUCCGUCUAGUACCGCCUCUCAUGAGCCUCCCGAAGACUACAGCACUGGGUCGAGGCCCGCAGCCACUAGACCUCAAUGGCCGUACUGUGUACGUGCCACCCGGAACGCGCGUCAACGUGGUGAUUCCCGCAGCGCAUCGCAAUCCAAACUACUGGCCAGGCCCCGAGGAAGAACUGCAUGCCUUCCGGCCGCAGCGCUGGCUCCUUGAUGGGGCAUCUGCAGACCACAAACAGGCUGGUGACCUACCGAUACCGUUCCGCCCCUGCAAAGGCGCCUAUCUUCCGUUCAGUGAGGGACGGCGCGCAUGUAUCGGCAGGCGCUUUGCGCUGGUCGAAGCCGUGGCCACGUUGGCGGUUCUUUUGCGCCACCACAGCGUCGAGCUGGCGGUCGACGACCUGGCAACUGAUGAGGAGGUAGAAAAGAUGGGACAUGCUCAGCGCGCAGAAGUGUGGGAGUUGACUGCAGCUAAGGCUAGAUAUAUGAUGAGCGAAGGCCUCUCGACCCUGAGUUUCAAGCCCAGAGACUCAGUCCCACUGCGCUUCGUGGAAAGGGGAAGCGAGAGAUUCUACCAACAGUAA